UUUUCCUCAAAGUCAUAUAACAGUUCCUCGUUUAGUUGUGUCCAUUGCAGGCGUUAACCUUACGUUAAGUAAAUCACUCAAGAUGGACAUUAUAAUAGCGUACAUACUUCUAGUACUUCCAGUGUAUGCCACAAGUGCAGCAAAAUCACCGACGUAUGCAGCAUUUCCGACAGAGGAAAGAAACCUGUAUGGCACUUUGACAAUGACGACCGACCAACAACUCCAUGGAGAUGUGAUAUUGAGGCUGACCCCGAAUUUUGAAAGGAAUAUCAGCGUUGUUUGGAAAUACCUUAUCAAUGGUGAAAAUAUUGCCCGAACAGUUUCUCAAAACGACACCAACUUCAGACUGUAUGAAAAUGGUUCGUUAUACUUGAUGCUGAUAAACGCAAGCAUUGGUUACAACGGCACGUACUUUUGGGUUGAGCAGUUGGACAGGAAAAAAGUUAUGUCGCCAUUUAUACAGCUGAUUCUGACAGGUAACACAAAUAACAACGGAGAUGCAGAUGAUACUUUGUUUCCUCUCGUUCUGUCAACGACCAUUGGAAUCUGCGUUGUGUUCUUGCUCUUUAUAGGAAACUUGAUAUUCUUCAUCACUGCUUUCAAGAAAACGGAUGUAUAUCAAAAUCUGGUGUUGAGAAGAAAAGGCGAUGCUAACAGAACCCAGGACCAGGAUUACAUCGCUUGUGAUUAAAUAUCAGAUAAAAGCCGUCGUCUCGAGCUGACCAGUACGUACUCUUUGCACCUAUACCUUCUACAGUAGCACCGCAAGGCCUCCCGAAACUUCCACAUAUAGCGCUCAGUGCUCCCGGAACACCUCGGCCAGUAUCAAACAGAAAUGAGCUUGCCGUAGAUGGCCGAGUUAUUACGAUUGACAGUGCGCCCGGAACACCUCGGCCAGUAUCAAACAGAAAUGAGCUUGCCGGAGAUGGCCGAGUUAUUACGAUUGUCAGUGCGCCCGGAACACCUCGGCCAGUAUCAAACAGAAAUGAGCUUGCCGGAAAUGGCCGAGUUAUUACGAUUGUCAGUGCGCUUUAAAUACCACAUCACGUUGACAAAGUUAUUCGUAUUAAAGCACGUAUUGAAACUCUUAAAUGUAUAUAUAAAUAAUACUUAUAUUUUCGUACUUUAUCUAUGCAGGUUGUUUUUGACAACAGUCAAUUUGAGGCAUAAGAGUAAAUCGGAACUCACUCUUUUCGGAGCUUACGAGAGAUGACCGAAGUGUUACGAUUUCACGAGGGCGUCUAGAUACAUUAACACAUUUUAAGGAAAGGAGGCACCAGCGACUACAAAAUGCUACAAUCAGUUAAUACACAGAGGAUUCCAUUGCAAAACUGCUAGCUGUUAUAAACACAAUAAGCCGAACAGUGAUGUUCAUAGAUAUUCAGUCGUCCUGUGCCAGAAAAGAAACUGCAUUUUUGUUCAUGACAUAUACAAUAUCAACACAUAACAUUCACUGUAAUCAUGAAACCACAUUUUUUCUCUCGUUA